AUGGAGGCGUUGGGGGCGCUGGGGGCGGGGGCGGCGCUGCUGCUGGGGCUCUACGCGCUGCUCUACUACUACUUGGGGGCCGCCACCUGGUGCCGGAACGCGGUCAGCCUGCGGGGCAAGACGGUGCUCAUCACAGGGGGAAAUUCAGGGAUCGGGAAGGCCACUGCGGUGGAUCUGGCCCGGAGAGGGGCCCGUGUCAUCCUGGCAUGCCGUGACAAAGCGAGAGGAGAAUCCGCCAUGUACGACAUCAGACGGGAAAGUGGGAACUCGGAGGUGAUCCUGAUGAUCCUGGAUCUGGGCAGCCUGAACUCCGUCCGAGCUUUUGCGCAGAGCUUCUUAGAAUCGGAGCCCCGUCUGGACAUCCUCAUCAACAACGCAGGGGUCCUUAAGGAUGGCCAAACCUCCGAUGGCUUUGACCAGGCCUUCCAGGUCAACCACUUGGCCCACUUCCUGCUGACCCACCUGCUCCUGGACCGGCUGAAGCGCUGCGCCCCGAGCAGGAUCGUAAUUCUGUCCUCGAGUGGACACAUGUAUGGGAAGAUCGACUUUCGGACCUUCAACAAACCGACCAAGCGCCUGAUGAAGGGCGGACAAUCAUACGCCAACAGCAAACUAGCCAAUAUGCUCCAUGCCAGAGAGUUGGCCAAGCGGCUGGAAGGAACCAACGUCACCUGCUACGCGGUUCAUCCAGGAAUUGUUAAAACCGAAAUUGCUCGCUUCCAACCCAGGUGGUCACUUUGGUUGAUUUGGUUCGUGAGGCUGUUCAUCCGAAAUUGCGAGGCUGGGGCUCAGACCUCCAUCUACUGCGCCACCGAGGAGGGCAUCGAGAGGCUGAGCGGGCGGUAUUUCGUGGACUGCCAGCCGAAGGUGCCCAGUCCACAGGCCUGCGAUGACCAACUGGCUAAGAAGCUGUGGGAAUUCAGCGAGAGGCUGUUGGGACUGACCAGCUAAAUAUUUCCACUUUAAAUUUGACCGCUAACUUUCCUGAGGUGAAGGCAGGGAAAAACCACAUGGAAAAGCACACUCAAAAUCACACAAAAAUCACAUCAGAUACCUCUACAGUUAGCACAGGGCUGAAUGCUCUCUCCAUUGCUCUUCUCUCUCUAUACCAGGGGUGUCGAUCACGAGGCCCGUGGGCUGCAUCCAGGCCAUGAUGUGGUCAGAUCUAACCCGCGGGGCCUUCCUAGAAAAUGUAAGGUUCCGGCCUGCAUGGCUUCAGCCCGGUCUAUCCAGUGCGAAGAGGAAACAGGACAGCCCUCUGGGGAGUGGCGUCAACCUGGCCAUUCCUGCCCAGUCAGCCUUGCCUGCCUGUCCCCCCCACCCCAGAGGUCAACCACAGCCCUGAUGCGGCCCUCAACGAAAUUGAGUUUGACACCCCUGCCCUAGACCAAGGACUGCAUCGCAAAGGAUCCCUCUGUUAAAGUACUGAAGUUUGCAGAUGAUACAGCGGUCAGCGGUCUCAUUCCAGACGGUGAUGAAUCUGCAUUCAGACAGAAGUCCUAGUGGAUAACCAUUUAAAUACGAGCCAGCCGUUUGCUGCAGCUGCCAAAAUAGCCAAUACAAUCCUAGGUUGCAUUAACAGAGGGACAGAAUCACGAUUACGUGAAGGGUUAAUACCGCUUUAUAAUGCCUUGGUAAGGCCACACUUGGAAUCCUGAUCCAGUUCUGGUCACCACAAUAUCAAAAAGAUGGGGAGACUCUGGAAAGAGUGCAGAGAAGAGCAACAAAGAGGAUUAAGGGACUGAAGGCUGAAACAUAUGAAGAACAGUUGCAGGAACUGGGAAUGUCUAAUGAAGAGAAGGACCAGGGAUGACAUGAUACCAGUCUCCCAAUAUCUGAGGGGCUAUCAGAGAGUAGGGGGGAGGAUCUGAAGGCAAGACGAGGAGGCUGGGGGGUCCUUGGUGCUCUCUGAGCAUGGCUGGCUUCAAUUCUGGGAGUUGAAGUCCAUGUCUUAAAGUUGGGCACCCCCAAAUUUCAGGACAGACCAAAAUGAUGUAUGUAAGAUUCCAGGAACCGCCAACUGGAUUAAUCCAUAGUGACGCUGGGGAGGCACCUGAUCCAAAUAUUCCUUCAAAUUCUGGAGUUUUACGUCCUUUUGCUCUUUUACGGUCCUCUCACCCCUUCUGUUCAACAUUUAUGUGAAGCCGCUGGGUGAGAUCAUCCGUGGU